AUGGACGGACGCGGCAUGCGCUUUCAUGGGGAUUUGCGUUUGGGAGUCAAACCUGAAUAUGAAGGAAUAUUUCGAGGGGGAUUCGCUGGUAUCAAGACUCGAGCGCGACCAACGUUGUUUGGAAACCUCGCCGAAAAUUUAUCUAUGUAUGAAUACCUUGGGCUAAGAGUCAAGGUUGGAAAGCCGCCUUGCAUACGGGACGCCUGGUAUAUCAAUCUACGGACAAAGACCAUGGACCCGAACCACGUCUGGCAGCAUCGUCUCUUCCUUCGAUCAACAGACGGAGAAUUCGAGGACGCGGUGGUACGACUCGACGACUUUGGGUACACUGCUUCUGGAAACAUGGUCGAAACCAUCGAUGAGAUGGAAAUGGAGAGCAUAGAGAUGCUAGGGGUCUCUCUUCUCGGCGGAAAUGCGGGGUUGCAGGGCCCUUACGAAUUGACCAUCGACGAGAUUUGGGCGACGAACGAUCCAACCGCUACACCCCGUAGAAACUAA